AUGACGAUGAAGAUGUUCUUCCCGUGGUAUCUGGCUCUCCUGGCCACCGUCGUCCUCUUGGUUCGGAUUCUACGUAUUGGGAGGAGACCGCGAAGAUAUCCACCGGGCCCCCCGACCAUUCCCAUCUUGGGGAACUUGCACCAGAGCUUGGUUCUCAAUCUCACUCACUUCGGGAUGCAGAUGCCCUCCAAGGACGUGCACAAGCAGUUCCAGCGGUGGUCCGCACAAUAUGGCCCGGUGUUCAGCCUGAUCCUGGGCACUACGACCAUGGUCGUCCUUUCCAGCGACGUCGCGGUCAAGGAAGUGCUCGACAAGCGGAGUGCCGUCACCAACGAGAGAGGCGACCACUACGUCGGCCACCGACUCUUGACGGGUGGAGAGCACAUGCUUCUCAUGCCCAAUGGCCCCAAGUGGCGGCUCCAGCGAAAGCUGUUCCAGAAGAUGCUCAAUUUACAGGUCACAAGAACCUACCUCCCAUAUGUCAUGUUGGAGAACAAGCAAAUGCUGGUCGAUCUGAUCCAGAAGCCGGAUGACUUCAUCCACCAUAUCAAACGGUACUCCAACUCGCUGAUCACCACCAUGGCAUACGGCCGACGAACCCCUUCAUCCGACGACCCAACCUUGAUCCGGUUCCUGCAAGGAUUGGAGGAUUUCACCACCUUCAUGCAAUCCAGCACGGCCGCCCUGAUGGACGUGUACCCGGUGCUGCGACGACUCCCGGCCUGGAUGACUCCCAUCACCAAGGACGCCUCGGAGCACCAGAAGCGGACGGCAGCCUUCUACGUCAGCCUGUGGCUCGAGACCAAGGCCAAACUAGCCCAAGGCACAGCCAAGCCGUGUUUCUGCGUCGAUCUGCUGCUGGCGCAGAAGCAGGAAGGAUUCACCGACCAGUUCGGCGCAUACCUGGCCGGCGCGGCCCUCGAGGCCGGCACCGACACGACGGGCGGCGAGCUAUGCGGCUUCGUCAAGGCCAUGGUACUGUUUCCCGCGGCCCAGCACAAGGCCCAGGCCGAACUGGACCGCGUGGUCGGCGACAACCGGCUCCCCACCAUCGACGACCUGCCCCGACUACCAUACCUGCGCGCCUGUGUGAAAGAGACGCUGCGAUGGAUGCCGACCGCCAUCAUGGGCGCGGCCCCGCACGCCGCGAAAGAGGACAUCCAGUACAUGGGCUACACGAUCCCCGCCGGCGCCAUGCUCAUCAACAACGUCUACACCAUCCACCACGACCCGGGGCGCUACGCCCACCCGCACGAGUUCGACCCGGACCGCUACGAAGGCGACCUGUCCACCGCGGCCGAAUCCGCGCAGAACGCGGACGUGGCCAAGCGCGACCACUUCGUCUUCGGCGCCGGUCGGAGGCUUUGUGCCGGCAUCCAUCUGGCCGAACAGUCCAUCUUCCUGGCCAUCUCGCGCAUGCUGUGGACCUUUGACAUCUCCCCCAAGCUGGACCCCGUCACAAACUCUCCGAUCUUGCCCGAGCCGGACAGGUAUACCCAGGCCGUCGUGUGCAUGCCGGAGCCGUUUGAGGCGACCUUCACGCCCAGGUCGCAGCGCCGCGUCGACAUCGUCAUGGCUGAGUGGCGGGAAGCACAGAAUGAGCUGGAUGAGAAGCAGCAAUGGCGGACGGUGGGCGAGGGGAUGAAGUUUAGUAAGAUUUGA